AUGUCCGACGCUGAAGUCCCGAAAGUCCGUUUAGUGUGUAUUGGUGAUUUUGGAGUUGGUAAAACUUCUUUUAUAAAGCAGAUGACGACGUCGACCUUUGAAGCGAGUUCCACACCCGAGCUUUCUGAGGUGACUGUAUACCCCUAUCAAUUACACAAGACGCACGUUGAGUUAGACUUCAUCGACUCUUUAGGAGUUGAAGAGACUGAUCCCGAGAACCAUUUUUACUAUCAGAAGUGUCACGGUGCUUUUCUUCUCUUUGACUUACAUUCAGAAAACUCGUUUAAACGGAUCACACAGCUUUAUCAAAGUGUCAAGAAGUACUCCGCUCAGUUCAUGGUUUCCGUCUUAGUUGGGACCAAGAGUGACUUAGGCGCAUCCAUAAGUGAUUCUCAAGUCACCGAGUUUUGUACCACAAACAAAUUAAAGUACUUCCCACUUUCCUCCUUGAAACAUGACGGGUUCGACGAUUGUUUAAAUUCUCUUGUUUUAAAAAUAUGGGAAGUCUAUGUUGGUAAAGACAAAAAGCACUGUUCAGUCGUGUAA